UCACAACAUUUCACUUGCUUUGCUCACCUUUUACCAAUCACAUAGAAAGCUACAGAGAAUGCCUGACGUACGUUUAAUAGUCAUCGCAGUUCUUUUUCUUGUCGGUUCCGAAGCAUCUAAUCCUCAAGACUUUCGGACAGUCGUAUUCGGUCACGGCCAUGUCGGUUACCGAGUCAUGGAAACAGUCGAACCUUUUCGCAGCAAAAGAGAAACUACAUCCAACACUACGGAAAAUAACAUUUUUGAGUGCUACCAGUUCACCUGGCCCGGAGUGACAGAGAACAAUACGGUACCUGAUUGCGCCAGAAUCAAGAAAUACGUUCCGUGCUUCACACCAUUCGUUUUUACAAACGACACAUCAUCCCCGGAACCUGAUCCAGCUAUCGUAAAGGACUAUUGUGAUACUAGGGGGUGUAAAGUAACGUGCCCCAAGACCAGUGCCAAUUCUUGCAUUCGCUAUGCUUAUUAUUCAGCCGGGAAAGCGAUAAAUGUUACCUACUUCUGUGGGGCCGUUCAGGACAGGACGAACGAUGUCCCUUUGAAAAAUGGGGGAUUCACCGAUACACUGUCUGGUGGUCUAAUUUUGGAUGUUAAAUAUUGCCAAGGAGAUUUGUGCAACGCAGCCAAUUCUAUGCAUGUCUCCCUUUCGUUCCUCUUUACACUUAUAGCCGCUCUUGUUCUCUUAGGUUAACCCGUUAAAAUACACGUAAUCGUAUUUCUAUAAUG